UAGGAUGUGAGGUGGGCGGGGGGUUUCUGUGGAUCUCGGACUGAACGACGGUUUGAAAACACAACAGCACAUCGGCGAGAAGGACAACGACUGGGGAUUUGAUAUCGUCCCUUAUCGAUCAGAAGAGAGAGGAGAUGCCGAGGGAAGCUGUCUCCGUGUCAUAUCAGGGGUGAAACAAGCUCCGUGAUGCAGCACCGCGCCGUUAGUAUUCCUCUAUUGUCCCGUUAUGAUCCUUUGUCAUAGCCGCGGGUGUUAUUCCAGCGCUAUAACCGAGUUCACGACCGGAAACGCUCAGACGAACUGAGACAGCAUGCGUGGGUUCUUUCCUCUCAUGCAGCGUCAAGAUGGAAGAUGUCCACAGUGUUUUUCUACAGGAUGAUGGAGAGCCUAAUUGCGCAGUGCAGUGAAGAGUACAUCAGCACUGUUUUUGGAUGGCCAGUGUGAUCAUGAUCAUGAGUAUUGUUGCAUGACUGCUGUUGCUCCCUCUAACUGCUUUAAAUCAGCUUUGCAUCACGACACGCUUUCAUCCGUAAUUCCGCUCCUAUUCUUCUUCUUCAUCAUCAUCACUGGACGGAGUGGUGUGAAGCCGCUCUUCCUUCCAGCCACGACAGAUGAGAGGCAAACAGUAUCAGCAGAUCAAGCCUGUAGGACCUCGAGAGACCGAUACUGACUAUGGAAGGAAACUCAGAACGUACCAGAACCCUGUGAAAAUCAUCGACCAGCCCGGCAUCGUCAUGAAGGUGCUGAGGAGGAAGCGGAUUAUUUUAUUCGUGGCCUAUUUCCUCCUGCUGGUUCUGACCAUGCUGAAUUUGGCCAACUAUAGAUGGAGCAAAGAGCCGCAGCAGUGCAGCCACCAGGUGAGGAGCACCACGUACCAGGGGCGCUCCGACAUCCGGUUCCUUUACAGACCCGCUUUGGUUAAGAAAAGGCAGCUCGUUUACGUCUUGACCACUUGGCGCUCGGGGUCGAGCUUUUUCGGCGAGCUGUUCAACCAGAACCCUGAUGUGUUCUUCCUGUACGAGCCCAUGUGGCACAUCUGGCAGAAGCUGUACCCAGGUGACGCCGUGUCUCUGCAGGGCGCGGCGAGGGACAUGCUGAGCUCGCUGUAUCGCUGCGAUCUCUCCGUGUUCCAGCUGUACAACAGCCCCGGGGGCAAAAACAUUACCUCGCUCGGCCUGUUCGGCGCCACGCUUAACAAAGUGAUCUGCUCGUACCCGCUGUGUUCCGCGUACAGGAAGGACGUGGUGGGCAUGGUGGACGACAAGUUGUGUAAGAAAUGUCCGCCGCAGAGCCUCCAUCUUCUGGAGGACGAGUGUCUGAAAUACAACACUAUCGUUAUUAAAGGGGUGCGCAUUCUGGACCUUAACAUCUUGGCUCCUCUGAUGGAAGACCCCUCGCUGGAGCUAAAGGUCAUUCACUUGGUGAGGGACCCCAGGGCUGUGGCCAACUCCAGGAUCAAAUCCAGACACGGACUGAUCCGAGAGAACCUGCAGGUGGUCAGGAGCCGGGAUCCCAAACUCCGCCGGUUACCGCUCACAGACGCAGCUCAUAAAACGAACAAAAAGGAUGGCGCCGACUACCACUCGAUAGGGGCCAUGGAGGUGAUAUGUGAUAGGACCCACAGGACCUUGAGGACGGCGUUGAAUCCUCCCAGCUGGCUGAAGGGAAAGUACCUGGCCGUGCGCUACGAGGACCUGGUGGAAAACCCGGUCAAGGUCCUGCGUCAAGUUUACCGCUUCGCUAACCUCAGCGCCAAUCACGACGUGGAGUCUUUUGCCCUCAACAUGACUAACGGAACAAACUCGUCCUCCAAGCCGUUCAUCGUGUCGUCCAGGAACGCCACGCUGGCGGCGAGCGCUUGGAGGACUCUCCUCAGCAUUCAGCAGAUCAAACAAGUGGAGGAUUACUGCCACCAGUCCAUGGCCGUGCUGGGCUACGAACGCGUAAGAACAGCCGCCGAGGCGAAAGACUUGAGCAAAUCCUUACUCACGGCAUCCAAACUGUGAUGCUAACCCCUCACCAAAGACCUAUAAAAUGAAAGAAAAAAAAAAACAAUGCUCAUUUGAAUGAUUUUUCGUUGUAGCUCGGUAACUGUGGAGCUUUAUUUUGUUGCAGUGUUUCAUUGAGGGAUUUGACAUGCCUCACAGGAAUGUACUAUUUUGUUAUUAUUAUUAUUAUUAUUAUUAUUAUUAUUAUUAUUCUUAGUUUUCAUAGAUUUUUUUUUUUAGUUGUGAAAAUUUAAAGCUGCCAUGGCUUUUCUAAGUGGAUUGAUUACGUAUGUGUAUGACAAAACCGCACCAUGACUUGAAUAUGAGAUAAGCCUUGAUGUCAUGUGAAUCACGUGUCUUGCGUCGACAAUGCUUUAGGUUUUAGUUUUAUUCCCGAAUGUUUUAAAGACUCAUCAGUUUAUUUGGAGUUUGUUUGCUCACACACACAUAUACAAAAAAAAAAAAAAAAAAAUUAUUCCACAGCGGAAACGUGCGUGAAGACCAGUCGAGGCUCUCGUUCUUAAAGCAGGCGAUGCUGUUUAGUUCGUGCAGGAUGCUCUCAGAGACAAUCAUUAAAGCGCUCCGUAAUGCUUUUUAUUCCCCCCCCCCCACCGUCCCUGUUUCUGCUACUUUGGCCUGCAUGUCUGUUUUCAGAACUGGGUGCUCCAUUAUCUUGGCUUUUCCAAACUUCCUGUCUUAUAUAGCUUUAUUAGUGCUUCAUGGAAGUCUUUCUAUGGGAGUUGAUGUUCACGACUAGAGCAAAAAAAACAAAAAACAAACCCUAAUAACUCACGUUUGCAGUGAUUCUAGGUUAUCAUUAUGACUAGACGGUGUUUUCAAUAACCUCAACCGAGUUUUAGAGUAGAUUUUAACUAACAGAUGGACAAACGACAUUCUCUUUCCCACUUAUUUUCUCUCUAUUCUCCUCUUAUUGCAACCCCAUACAGUUAUAGGAUUGUAACUGAUUUCAUUAGAGCUCAUGUGAUUCUAAGUAGUGGUCUGGCCUUGAACACGUUCUUUUUCUUUCUUUUUUUUUCUUCUCUCUGUUGUUGUGAAACAUGUGAAGAAUGUGACCGUGCCUUCUGAGAUAUCAGAAAUAAAUAGCCAGGCUUGUUUUAGAGCACUAAAGAACGUGUCAAAUGCAUGGCCUUCUCGGAAACCACAAGCUCAUCUACUAUGUUCGGUGUAAGAUACAGGCGAAACGCUCUCGUGAGCCUGGAGAUCUCCUGGUUUGAGCAUUUGUAAAUAAAUUUCUGCUGAUGGGAAAAACAAAAGGAUGUGCUUACGAAUGCAGGCGGAUUCUGACCGUGAAGAUAAACUCCUAGACGUUUGUGCGUAAAGUUUGUGUGUGUGUAAUAUUGGUUUCUCUAGCAAGCAAUGAUAUAUGAUUAAACCGGAAUCGACUUGAGAGUAUUUGCCACCAGAUAAGAUUCGCUUACAAGGAAUUUGACUUGGAAAACAAGUAAUAGGAGAGUAAGUAAGGAAUAAAAAGGGUGUUCUUCCUUUUUUUGUAUUACAGCAAUUUGCCAAAUGAUUACAACCGUACAAGUGAGUUAAAGAACAACGAGUACCUUUUAUCCGUUUAUGGUUACAGUGGGGGAAAUAAGUAUUGAGCAUUGUUUUCAUUAAAUAUAUUUCCAAUUCAAUUUUCACCAGACGUCAGUAGGAACUCAAGAAAUCCGCAAAUAUAAAGAAUUCACAAGAGUAAAGUCCAUAAAUAUAGUUAUGUGUAAUAAAAUGGAAUGACACGGGGAAAAAAGUCUUGAACACGCUAAGAAAAAGGCAAGGACCCAGCUGAAAUCCGUGAGUAAUUAUACCCGCUGUCUGUGCAAAUGAAUAUCAUCUGGGUUAGUAAGUCAACACACAGAACUUUAUUUAUGGACCGUAAUGUUGUGAAUUCUUUAUAUUUCCGGAUUCCUUGAGUUAAUACUGAUGUCUGGGGAAAAUUUCAUGUGAAUAGACUCAUGGGAAAUAUAUUCGCUGUAAAGAAUGUUGACGCGUCCGAUACUUAUUUCCCCCCCGCUGUACGUGUGAUGCUGUGGAACGUCUUUAAAACAAGUUAGUUAUUAUUAUCAGUUACGUUGUAGCGGCUAUAAACGGUCGUUCCUCCUCUAGCCCGUCUUUUACGAAGCGUUAACUCCUCACUAAUCUCUCCUGAAGAAUUUCCCACGUUAGAAAACGUGCUGAAUGUUACAAAGCGCCGGCGCUGGAGACUCCUUCCACAGACGUUCGAUUCCAGAAAGAUUUGUCUAACCAAUGAUUAAACGUGUAUUUUUAGUUUUUUUUUGUCCGAAAUCUGUUUGUUACGCGUUUUUAGAUCAUGUGAACGUGGUGUUACUAUAGAAACCGUGGCGUAUUUGAAUGUUUUUGAGACUCGUCAGUCUGCAAACGAGCCGAAGCUCUCGUUCUUAAACAGGCGAUGCCGUUUAGUUCGUGCAGGCUUGGUGCAGACGCUGUUAACCAGCUGUCACUAUAGAAACCUUCUGACCAAUCAGAAUGGAGAAUACGACAGCGUGAUGGUACGUGAAAGGGGGAAAAAAAAAAUGGUUAAAGAUUCUCUCUCUUAGAGUUUAAACACAUUUCUAUUAUUUCCAGAUUGCAGUUUCAGUCAUGUUUAUGAAAAACGAUAUUUCUUCCAUUUUUUACAUUUAUUUUUUAAUUUUUUUUUAUAAAUGCAGGAAUGCAGGCUGGCACUCACUUUACACUCUAAACAUAAACACACACGCUUGCAUGCCCUUCGAGUGGUUUGUGUGGAAAAGCUCGCUGAAUGAAACCCUCGUGCGCGUCACGUCGAGACGAAACCGAACAAGAGACCGACUCAACAAAAGAGGAGGUUCGAUGAGAUUUACUUAGAUCGCGGCGUCUGAUACAGGAGUGGGCGGGGCGCAUAAGGAAAGAUUUGCAUAAUAAUAAUAAUACUAAUAAAUAAUAAAAUAAGAUGAAUCGUUGUGUGUUGAAGCUCAAUAUUAAUUAAAUAUACAGUGUGUUUGUUGACGAAAAAGUUUCGUAUGACUAGCUUUCGGUUUUGCACUUCACACGACAGGGUGAAUAGGACACUUUAGCUUCUGCGUGUAAGUCUGUAAACAUGUUAAGUCAUAUCAUUUCUCCAGAGAGUCAGUCAUUGAGUGAAAACGGGGACGUCAUUACUGCAAAGCGAUCGAGUCACCAGCAUGUGUUGUUUUCCACGAGGAAUGGGGAAAACAUGCACUCGCUGAGAGACGGAGUUGUCUUUGGCUGGCCUUAUUGCAGAGGUGCACAGCUGUCGGAAAUGUGCCUGGUGGUGUUGUGAUUAAAUUGUAGGGUUAAUGUUCGGGGAGACAAGAAAAAAAAAAACCAAAAACACAACCAAAACACACUAAAUUACUAAAUAACAGAAGACUCAUUUAACAUUAUUAAGAUUUUUUAUUUUAUUUUUUUUUAGAGGAAACUUAAACAUGAACAGUUUAGGCGUGUUAUGCUAAUGACAUUGACGAGGUUUUUCUAUUAAUUAGGGAAUUCCCAGAUCUUCACUACGUUGAAAGCCAAUGAUUUGCUGUCUAUAGAAAAACGGACAGUGCUUUCAGUUUUAUCCGGAGCUUAUUCAGCAUGUGCAGCUUGCAGUGUCAGUAAAGAGUCUGAGAUGUAUUAUUGAUCAGUUGUUGUGGGUGAAGACGGCCAGUCGCUCAGGGAAGGACAACUAGACAAGGAUGAUGAAAAUAUUGCAGAAAGAUAUUAAAGAUGUCGAGCAGCGCCGCAUCUCGGCUGCGAUCGAUACACCCCGCAGGUGAUAUGUAAGCUCCCGUCAAGCUCGGUAAAGCUUUGGGAUUUUUUUUCUGUUUUUGUUUUGGGGUUUUUGCUGCAGGAAGGACAUAAAGUGUGCACCUGGAGCACAUUCCCUCAGACAGCAGCUGCAGGAAGCAGCAGGGAUUGCUUCAGGAAAUAAAACACAAGGGUCCACGUUCUCUCCGAAGUGAAGAGCGUGAAAGGUGUGCAGGUGACGUUUGCAGCAGGAGCCAGACGGACGGCGUGCUGUAAUCCCUAGGCGCCUCAGGGAGUUCUUGGGACUUUGAAGUGUCUUGAAGCAUGACGCUGCUGUGAAGCACCUCAGCCAAUGCGCUUUAAGGGUUAUGAGGAGAAGACAGGUCAUAAAGCAGAUUUAAACCACUAUGAGUUUGUUCCAUGCUUUAGGGAAAGAAAGAGACGGCCCAGAUUGCAGUUCCAUCAGGUGCGGCGUUGCUGUUUUUGGCACUCUGUAGUUUGCUGGAUGUCUUUCUCUGUCAUAAGUCAUAAAAAGAUAUGAGCGAUUAUAAGACUCUUUCAUACUUUAGGGUAACAGGAGCCGUUAGUACACUGCGAAUGCAUGGAAAUACACUCAGUUCUCAGAUUCGAAGGUAGAACUACCAUAUAGGUGCGUAGGAUAGAUAUAUAAUUGCUGACUGUAAAGUAUAGGCAUGGGAGUUUUAGCAAAUGAAUCUUAAAAAAAAAUCUCAGAUGCAGUAAAAGUAAAAAGUAAAAACAAAAAUUUUUUACAAAUUAGGUUAAAACAGUGGGUUACAACGGGCUAAGACAGCGGGGUAGGGUUCCAGCGAAUAUAUUUAUAUAUAUUUUUAAUGGUUUGCUAAGUAAAAUUCCUUUUCACAUGGGAAAAAAAAUCACUUGUGAAAAUAAACAAAUCUUUAAAAAAAAAAAUCAAAUGGAAAUAAAUGAAUCGUAAAAAAAAAAAGCAAUAAUAAAAUGAAUGAAAAUGAAUGAAUCAUUUGUAAAAGUAAUGAAAUUAAAUGAAUGAAAAUAAAUGAAUCAUUUGUAAAAGUAAUGAAAUUAAAUGAAUGAAAAUAAACGAAUCAUUUGUAAAAGUAAUGAAAUGAAAUGAAUGAAAAUAAACGAAUCAUUUGUAAAAGUAAUGAAAUUAAAUGAAUGAAAAUAAAUGAAUCAUUUGUAAAAGUAAUGAAAUUAAAUGAAUGAA